GUCCGGCGCGUCGUUGCGCCUGCGCAGAACCUUUACGGGGAGCUUUGCCGGAAGCUAACAUGGCGUCCGAACCUUCUCCGGGCUACUUUGGCUGUCGCCGGGGCUUCUGAAAAAAGUAGUCUGAGGGGGCCGAGACAGCUGGGCGCAGCGGUGGGGCGAACGCCGUAGUCGCCAUGGCUCGGCACAGGAACGUCCGAGGCUACAACUACGAUGAAGAUUUUGAAGAUGAUGAUCUCUAUGGCCAGUCUGUAGAGGAUGAUUAUUGUAUUUCACCAUCAACAGCUGCUCAGUUUAUUUACUCAAGACGUGACAAACCACCAUCGUUUGUUGAGCCAGUAGAAGAAUAUGACUACGAAGAUACAAAAGAACCUGCUAACUCAGUUUCUAAUCACCAGCUUAGUGGGAUUGAUCAAGCUCGUCUUUAUUCAUGCCUUGAUCACAUGAGAGAGGUGCUUGGAGAUGAUGUCCCAGACCAAAAAAUGAUUGAAGCAGUGCUGCAAAACAAAUUUGAUGUGGAGAAGGCUUUAGCUAUGGUGCUUGAGCAAGAUAAAAAGCAAUCCAAGAAUGAGGAAGCUCUCUCCAUGGGAAAGGCAACAAAAGGAGUCUUAUUUUGUUCAUCUGAAGUAUCAACUGAUAAUGUUCAAAGCUUUUCUCCUUCAUCAGUAAACCACUCAGGGUGCAGUAGUACCCCUUUUGAGUUUUGUGACUCAGUAUCUAAAGAUGGAUUAUCUUGUAAUUCUUCAACUAUAUUGAGUCAACAUUUACUACAUAAAAAAAAGAAACUUGACAGGCCUCACAGUGAUAAGAAACUAGAACCAUGUAAGUCAUCAAAAGAGCUGUCAUUAGCCGACCUAAUUAAUGAUAUGCCAAAUGAUUCAUUUUAUGAAUCUCUUAACAGUCAGCCAACAGUUAAAUUUUCAUCUAGAAGUGACCUUGAAAGUCUGAUUUCAGAUAGUGUAGAUGGUAAAUUAUUGGGAGCUGAUUUAUCUGAGUUUCUCUCCUUGGAUGAUUCUGAGUACAAGGGAGGACCAGAUUUGAAAGCAUUAAUGCAGACAAAAAGAUCUGAUAGUUCUUUGUCCAAAGAAAGUAGUUUACUACCCAGUGUUCAGAACAUUCCAGUACAGAACAACUUGGAAAAUAUUGGUAGUUCUUUUAACUUAACUAACACAUUAGAAAACAUGACCCUUGAUAACAAUAUAAGUCCCCUUCGGAAUAAAAAGGCAGAAUUAUCUGGAAGCAUUCUUUCUACUCAACAGUGUUCCAAGAAACAUAAUUUAGAAAAAAACUGGGUACAGUUUUCCAAAUGUGAAAGUCCAUCUCUCACUGAACUAUUUCAAGAACACAAAGAAAAUAAUCCAAGCCAGUAUUUUUCUUUAUCUGAUCUUUGUAACCAGUCUUCUGCCAGUUUUACCGAUUUGAGCUUGGGAUCCACGCCAUUGUCACAAAUAACUCAGUAUCAGUCUUCGACUGGAAUACCAGAAUUAACAGGAUCUCUGUCGUCUUUGACAUUUUCUAAGGCUUCUCCUACUAGAGAUCUUGAAAAUUUGUCUCUUUCUGAUUUAAUUGCAGAAUCUAUUAAUGAAGUAGAUAAAUCUCAAAUUAAAAAAGGUCCUUCUUUGUUGGAUUUACCUAAAAUAAAGUCUUCUGCAGUAGAUUCAAAUAUUGAUCUAAGUGUCCUUAUAAAAACCCCAGAGAGCUUUCCAAAGCCUAUUGAAAAUCAUUCAAAUAUCUUAAUACCAGGAGCUAAAGUUCCAAGUUCUAAGCUAGUGAAAAAUUCUAGUUUCUCCAGAGAGAAUAAGAAAAGCAAGAAAGGCUAUAUCUCUAGGAAACCAGCUUUCUCUCUUUCUUGGACAAAGGCCCUUGCUGCUAGACCUUCAGCUUUUGCUUCAACUCUGUGUCUUCGAUAUCCACCGAAAACCUGCAAGAGACACACCUUUGACCUGUAUAAGACUUUUCUUUACAGUAGACAAGUUCAAGAAGUAAAGGACAAAGAAAUAGGUCCUCUCAAAGUAAUAACACCAUUUGACUUCAAAUCCGCGUCCCCUGAUGAUAUUGUGAAGGCUAAUCAAAAGAAAGCUUUUACUAGAGAAUAGUGUAAAAGAAGGAGAAUUUGACAACUAUUGCAGAGCCUUUUCUUUUAAACCAGUUUAAAAUCUUUACAGAAUCACUUUAUACUUUGGAAUUGUAAUUAAUUUUUAUUACCUAUUUUUAAAAAAUGUAUCUUACUUGGUAACAACUUUAAUUCAUUUGUGUUAUUGCACUGAAAUUAACCAUUUGCUCCCCGUCCUCAGUAAUCAUUAAUGACAUGUAUAAUUAACCAUCUGAGCCCGUAAUGUUUACAGAUUGUGUGUGUGGAGUUGUAAUUCUGACAUCAAACCUCAAAUAAUUUUAUUUGAAACUUACUUAGCUAAAAAUGUUUUUUUUCCAGUUUUGAGAUGAAUAAUUGUAUUUUAUAAAGCUUAUUUUUGAAUUUGUAAAGAUUUUUGCUUUUCUACUAAGAAUAUUCAUUACGUUUAGCAAUUAUUUUGGACUAUUAGUAGAUUUAAAAAAUGAUAUAUUUAUGGCAUUGCAUGCCUGGAAUUUAGUUAUAAUAGAAUGUUAUCUGUGUCAUUCCAGGUUAUACUGUUUUUCUGGGUAUCAGUUUAAAUAUAUAGUUUAAAAAUUCUGUAAUUCCUAAGCUUUAAAAAAAAUACUCUGAGGUUUGUUUUAAGUAAAUUUUUUGCUGCUAAACAUAAAAUACAAACCAGUUAGUGGGACCAGUUUUAAAAUUUGAGAUGUGCUUAUUAGUCAUAAAGGUUAAUUGUUUACACAUUUGUUCUAAUUGAAUGUUUUUAGACACAUGAUGAUGCCUGUUUUCUUUUUUUUCUGAGGGAGGACUAGAAAGAGGUUAUCUUUUUUAUUUUAUUAUGGGUUUUUUUGUUUUGUUUUAGAAAAAUGUUCAAAAUUGAGGCUUUUCUUUCUCUGUUAAUAGGUAUUUGUCCAACAAAGUCAGGUCUUUAGUACACUCAGACCAAAUUAAAGCUAUUUUAGUCAGAGAAUUUGGAGAACAUUUUUCAAAUCAGACCUCUUUGACCUAAAUUUUUUUGCUUUUUAGUUUAGGAUUUAGUAAUACCAAGAAAAAGUGGUGUUCUGAUUGAGUAGCUUCCAGUUCCUUAAAACCUUCAAAGAUUUCCUUCUCUAGGACCUUCUUGUGGUGUGGAAAUGAACAUUGGGUUUCUUAAAAACUAUGCCAGUAGAGUACAACAAGCUCUGGGAGGUUUAAUUAAACUGGAAAGACUUCCAGUAGCAGUACAAAGAUUGUAUGUUUGACAUCUGAGGACAAAUUAAGCGAAGUUUGGGGAGGAUCUCUUAAGUUGACUACAGGGUAGUGAAUACCCAGUUACAGAAAUUUUCAGAGACUAUCUGCUAAGUUGUAUAAGGGUUACAGUCCAUUUGGGUGAAGGAACUACCCUCCAUCAGUCAAAUCACAGGACCUUGAAGUAUGUUUAUAGAUGGAGAAAGUUCUGUAGUCAUUUUAAUCUGCUAGAAAGGCUAAGUAAACAUGGUACACUAUCAGCUUUAGAGAGAGAGAGAGAGAGAGAGAGAGAGAGAGUGUGUGUGUGUGUGUGUGUGUGUGUGUGUGUGUGUUUUUAGAGAGAGGUAUUUGAACUUUUAUGUCUUUGGCUGGCAUUGUAUAUAAUAUUGUAUAAAUAUAUAGUUAGGCCAGUGCAUAAUGCUUUUCAUUUCUAGCAAAUAAAAAUGCCUACAAAUUCUUUAUUUCCCAUAAUGUUAAAUAGCUUAUUUUUUUUAUUUGGGAAAAUAAGUACUUUCCCCUGGCAGCUACUUGAAAUAAUAUGUUUAAAUAUCAAAAGGUCACUUUUGGGAACAGGGAAAUUGACUUUCCAUAUGAACCUUAUAAUUUUUAUGGGAUUAAAAAUAGGUUUUUUGGUUUUUUUUCCCUAUCUUCCAUUUAACUUAUUGCUCAGGAGUAAGUCCCAGUUUUUAUAGGUUGUAUAUAUAAUAAUGAUUUUGCAACUAGUAUUUUUGGUAGAACAACUUGAAGUGAAUUUAUACUCAUUGUUCUUAAAAACAAAUGUAUGGGGGCAGCUAGGUGGUGCAGUGGAUAGAGCACCGGCCUUGGAUUCAGGAGGACCUGAGCUCAAAUCCGGCCUCAGACACUUGACACUUACUAGCUGUGUGUGACCCUGGGCAAGUCACUUAACCCCAAUUGCCUCACUAAAAAAACAAAAACAAAAAACCCCACAAAUGUAUGAUUUUCAUAGUUUGAAGACUAUGAUACAUAAUGAAUAAUAUUCUUUGCAAGAGAAUUCACAUUCAGGGUAAGGUCUGUUCUAUUUAGCUUUUCCAAAUUUCAUCAUUCCUUAUAUUACAGGUAGUGCUGCUGCUGAACUUUUAUAUUUUGAGCUGUAUUUUGGCUUUUGGGAGUCAGUUUUAGAAACCAUUAGUAAUUUUGCUUUUGCUUUUGGACAAUAGUUAUAGAAAAAUGGCAAUUUAAUAAUUUGGAAUUUUUAAGCCAAUAUUUUGAAUGGGGUUGGGGAGUAGAAGGGUAACAGUUAACUUACUAUUUUAAAUGAAAUAAUUUUCAACUUUGAAAUAUGUUGCUAUACCAAAAGGUUGUCCAAACAGAAGUUUGUAUACCAAAAGUUUGGGGUUCUGGACACAUUUUCCCACUGAAACAAUGUUUAAAAUAAUGGUUAGAUUCCUAGACUAGUCUACAAAAUCAAUUUUACUCAUAAGGUAGGUUGAUUAGCUCAGGGUGUGCAUUACCAGCAAUUGUAUUACAAUUCUAAUAGUAUUUUUUUUGUCAGUUACAUAAUAUAUAGUUAAAUAGGUUAUUGUGGACUGACCCAGAAACAUGUACUAUUUACAACUUUGUUUCUGUGGGAAAAUGCAUUCUGUUUAAAACAAAACAAACAAAAAGGGCAGCUAGGUGGCAGCUAGGUGGCACAGUGGAUAGAGCACCAGCCCUGGAUUCAGGAGGACCUGAGUUCAAAUGCAGCCUCAGACACUUGACACUUACUAG